GCCCCCUGCCCUUUCCUUUUUUUUUUCACCUGAGGAGACGGACGAACGGAACGGAGAAAAAAGGAAAUAAACCCGACAAGAACUCGGCAUCUUCAGAGGUUGCUCCAGCGAGCUGUGUAGCCGUAGAGCUGAACCCUUGAGGAAAUCAGGGAUGCGCCUCAAACGGCAGAAGCUGCCUUUCCCUUCUUCGGGAUGCGCUGGUGGCGCCCACAACAAGGAGAAGGAGAAGGAGAUGGAGAAGGAGAAGGAGAAGGGAUCGUCCGGGCCGCUGCCGGCGGGCGCAGCGGCGGCGGUCGGGUACAUGUCGGUGGAGGACGCCGACGCCCUCGACUGCGGCGCCUGCUACCACCCGCUCAAGCCCCCCAUCUUCCAGUGUAACGAGGGCCAUGUGGUGUGUUCGUCAUGCCGUGACAAGCUUGUGCCAGCGGGCAAGUGCCAUGUAUGUGGCACUGCCACAAGCAACUACCACAGGUGCCAUGCCAUGGAGCGCCUAGUGGACUCCAUCCGCGUCCCAUGUCCGAACGCGGCCUAUGGCUGCAACACCAGGCCAGCCUACUACGACCACCAUGGCCACUGCAAGACGUGUCCAUAUGCACCGUACCACUGCCCGAGCAAGGAAUGUAGCUUUUUUGGUUCCACAGAUGCGCUCCUUGACCACUUGACCGGUGCACAUGGCUGGCCUUCCCCCACCAAUAUCAGUGUGUUUGAGAUGCACAGUAUCUGCCUCUAUGAUGGCUUCAACUUCCUCCUUGCUGACUGCGCUGAGGACGACAAUCAUGGAAACACUACCACCACCAUCAGUAGCAAUAAAUACCUGUUCCUCCUGAAUGUGACAAGGCAGUCGCUCGGCCGUGCCAUCUCCGUGCACCUCAUUGGUCAGGGGUCACCCUCAGAAAUACUAAGAUGUGUGCUCAGCUGCUCACUGGUAGUCUAUGACCGUUGUGAGCGCCAUAAGUUCCUGGCCAGCCAUUCUCUGGAAUCUGAGAUCAAUGUGGAAUGCAUGGACCUCCCCAAUGGGCCUACUGACCCUGCUGACUGCUCCCACUUCGUUGUGCCACAUUCCGUUCUUGGAGACAAGAAUAAGGAGGAUCCUAUCCAGGUCAAUGUCUGCAUCAGCAUCAUCAAUCUGCAGUAGUUACCUGUUGUUGUUGUUGUUGUUGUUGUUGUUGUUGUUGUUGUUGUUGUUGUUGUUGUUGUUGUUAGGCUAGUACAACAUGUCUUGUAUCCAAACUAAGAAUCACAUGCUAGCAUAUCCCAUUCUGUAGACAUCAAUCGUCUGAUUGGGUGGCAGAGUGGUUGCAAAUGCCGGUGACAAUUAUAUUAGCUAGAAUAUGUUUUAUUACCUCCAUGUUUGGCUGAAUUAGUAAAAAAUUGAAAUUGGUUCA